UACAGCUCCGAUUUACGCGACGGAGAACGGACCACAACGAUUUGGGAACCAAUUUGCCAUGGGUCAGAAAAAGUAUCGUCGGUCCCGUUCUGGCUCUCGUAGUCGGAACCGAAACAGGUCCAAAAUAAGUAAAUCACGAUCACCCGAAGAGAAGAGAGGCCGGAGUCGGUCAUUGUGUCGGAACAAAAAUCCCCGGAGAAUUGCGCGUUCUGAGAGCGGAAGCUCGGACAGCAGUGGUGGAUCUGCGAGGCGACAUUGGCCCCCUAGCAGAGACCACCCCGGGUCGAGAAGCGACUCAGACAGCGACAGGAGACGUAAACUGAAGGGCAAAUCAAAAGACCGAUCCAGCUCUGAUUCAGAGGAUCCAAAGGAGAGGAAGGAAAGAGAGAGCAGCAGAGGAGAAGACAGAAGGGAGAAGAGGAGCCAGUCACAUUUAGGGUCCAGUGCAGACCGGAAGAGAGCGAGGGAUGGGGGGAGCAUUGACCGGGAGAGGAGAUGGCGGAGGAGUGCAGACAGAGGGAGCAGAAGCCCCAGCAGAGCGAGGGAACGACAGAUCAGGGAGAGAACUAGGGACAGGGAGAGGAUGAAAAGCAGAGACAGGGACCCAAGCCGAGGUGAGGAGAGAAGUCGAGACAGAGAGAGAAGCAUCCGGAGGAGUGAAAACUGCGGGAGGGGAGAGGGAAGCAGAGGGAGGGACAAAGAGAGGAAAAGACGUCGCUCUGGCUCCUCUGACUCGUCUAAGAGCUCUGGGUCGGAGGGCGGGGCCCGUGGAGGCAGCCCGGGGUCUGGAGAGGCCGGACCCUCGGUCAGAGAUGAGAAAAAGAACCAGAGAGAGAUGCUGAAGGCCCUGGAGACCCCAGAGGAGAAGAGGGCCAGACGACUGGCCAAGAAGGAGGCCAAGGAGAGGAAGAAGAGGGAGAAGAUGGGCUGGAGUGAGGAGUACAUGGGCUAUACCAAUGCAGACAACCCCUUUGGAGACAACAACCUGCUGGGCACCUUCAAAUGGCAGAAGGCUCUAGACCGGAAGGGCAUUGGCCAUCUGGGUGAGAAGGACCUGAAGGACAGAAACAAACGCAUCCAGGAGGAGAAUCGCAGAGAACUGCAGAAGGUGAAGCAGCUGCGACUGGAGAGGGAGAGAGAGAAGGCCAUGAGAGAGACAGAGCUAGAGAUGCUGCAGAGAGAGAAGGAGGCAGAGCAUUUCAAAACCUGGGCAGAGCAAGAGGAUAACUUCCACCUGCACCAGGCCAAGCUACGGUCUAAGAUCCGUAUCCGUGACGGCCGUGCUAAGCCCAUAGACCUGUUGGCUAAGUACAUCAGUGCUGAAGAUGAUGACCUGGCUGUGGAGAUGCACGAACCUUACACCUUCCUCAAUGGACUCACUGUCACUGACAUGGACGACCUGCUCGAAGACAUCAAGGUGUACAUGGAGCUGGAGCAGGGGAAGAAUGUGGACUUCUGGAGAGAUAUGACCACCAUCACAGAGGAUGAGAUCAGCAAGCUCCGGAAACUGGAGGCAUCUGGAAAAGGCCCAGGUGACCGUCGUGAUGGCAUUAACACGUCAGUGAGCACCGAUGUUCAGAUAGUGUUCAAGGGAAAGACGUACAGCCAGCUCCAGGCGCUGAACCUCAACAUGGAGAAUAAGAUCCGAGCUGGGGGAUCCAACCUGGACACAGGCUACUGGGAGAGUCUGAUGCAGCAAAUCAGGGUCUACAUGGGCCGAGCACGGUUGAGAGAGAGGCACCAGGACGUGUUGCGUCAGAAGCUGUUCAAGCUGAAACAGGAGCAGGGAGUGGAGAGUGAGCCUCUCUUCCCCAUCAUCAAAGAGGAGCCUGAGGAGGAGGCUGUGACCGAGAGAGAGGAAGGCCCCUCCUCUUCCUUCCCUUCCACCAAUCAGAAGAGGGAUACAGAGGAGAAGGAUGACCAAGUGGCAGGCCCAUCCACAGAGGGAGACGGGGAGAAGGGUGAGGUGGUAGAGGCCGUUCUGACUGAGGAGGAUUUGAUCCAGCAGAGCCAGGCAGAGUAUGACUCUGGCCGCUACAGUCCCACCCUGCUGCUUCCCUCGGAGCUACCGCUGGACACACACACCAUCACACCUGACGAAGACACACAAAAACUACACCUCUCACGCAGACAGCUCGCCGUCACAGGUGAUGCCAAUGAGAAUGCGGAGGAUGAGUUUGUGCGUCGCGCCAAACAGGGCAUGGGCGGGGACGAGGCUCAGUUUAGCGUGGAGCUUCCCCUCACAGGCAAGAUGUACCUGUGGGCCGACAAAUACCGUCCCCGGAAACCGCGCUUCUUCAACAGGGUCCACACAGGCUUUGAGUGGAACAAAUAUAACCAGACCCAUUACGACUUCGACAACCCUCCGCCUAAGAUCGUCCAGGGCUACAAGUUCAACAUCUUCUACCCGGAUCUGAUCAACAAACGUUCCACGCCGCAGUACUUCCUAGAACCCAGUCCCGACAAUAAGGACUUUGGGGUUCUGCGGUUCCACGCGGGCCCGCCGUACGAGGACAUUGCCUUUAAGAUAGUGAACCGCGAGUGGGAGUACUCUCACCGCCACGGGUUCCGCUGUCAGUUCGCCAACGGGAUCUUCCAGCUGUGGUUCCACUUCAAGAGGUACCGCUACAGGAGAUAGAACAACACCAGCCCUGGGCCUAGACCCCAACCCAGACUGGGAACCUCAGACUGCCAGGUUUUAACCAUAGAUAUGGAAUGUUAAUGUACUUUGGAUCUAUUGGGUUUUUAUUGGUUAUCUUAGUGGUAACCUCUCUCUUUUAUCACUGGCCGCCCAUUCUGUUGUCACAAAGAAUGGUUUCCAUUUUAGUUUGAUCAGAUACUGUCUCCGAAAUUACAUAUUAAAUAUUAUUUUCCUA